CCAUAUACUAAGACUUUGGAGCAAAAAAAGAGUUAUGAUUUCACUGUAGAGAGGUGACUGAGUGAAGGAAACAAAUCAGCUAGUCAGAAGAAUAAGGACAAUCCAUAAAGAUUUAUCUUCAAGCUCAAUCCAGGAUUGCAAAACAAUCAUUUUUGCUUAACAGUCACCUCAACUUCGAUUUCAAACUACAGCAAUGGAAGAUUAUUCAGCACCCUCACGCGAUUUAUCCUCUUAUACAUAUCUGUGCUUUGCAUGCGAAAGAUGUGUGUAGAGUUCAUAACUUCCAUGCGAAAGAUGUGUGUAGAGUUCGUUUGAGGUGAUUUACCCUCUUGUACAGUUCUCAUCAGGUCGUGGGUUCGAGCCCAGCGACAAAUUACAAUGGAUUUGAAAACAUUCGUAAUUUUUCUUGCGUUCCUCUGUGUUUGCUCUUGGCCAGCGGCGUCUGUUCGUCUUUUGACGAAAUCACGAUGGAUCGUGGAUGAAGAAAGUGGCGGGAGGGUAAAGCUGGCAUGCGUUAAUCUGGUUUCACAUCUUGAAUCCAUGCUCACGGAGGGGCUAAACCGCCAACCCCUAAAAUACAUUGCAAAUACAGUAUUUUCCCAGGGUUUCAACUGCGUGCGCCUUACUUGGGCCACAUUCAUGGUGACGAAGCCCGAGUAUCAAAGUCUCACGGUCACAUCGUCCUUGAUGUCGCUGAAUCUGAGCAGCGCAGUAGACGGAAUAAGGGCAAACAAUCCGGAGUUUCUGGAUCUAAGCUUGAUAGAAGCUUUAAAGAGAGUUGCGAUGGGGCUUGGAGAGGCCGGACUAAUGGUCAUAUUGGAUAACCAGGUGAGUAAGCCUCAGUGGUGCUGUGCUCUCCAUGAUGGAAACGCCUUCUUCGGCGAUGAGUAUUUCGAUCCACAGGCAUGGCUGCUAGGGCUAACAACCGUAGCCUCGGCUUUCAUUAAUGUCAGUGCGGUUGUAGGCAUGAGUCUGCGUAACGAACUUCGUGGCCCGAGAUCGAAUCUCACCGACUGGUACACAUACAUGCAGGCCGGUGCAGCGGCCGUCCACGCGGCAAAUCCGGACGUGCUAGUCAUUCUCUCGGGCCUCAAUUAUGACGCCGACUUGAAAUUCCUGGCGGCGAAGCCUGUCAAUUUGUUAGGGUUUGGCAACAAAAUUGUGUACGAGUUACACUGGUAUUCUUUUACCGAUGGAAAUGCUUGGGAAAAGGGAAAUGCAAACGAUCUUUGCGGAUCUGUAACGGCACGGAUCAACGAUCAUAUGGCUUUCGUGGUCAGAAACAGCAGCACUUUUAGUGCCUCGCCGUUAUUUGUCAGUGAAUUCGGCAUAGAUCAGAGAGGAGUAAGCGUAAAAGACAACAAAUAUAUUAACUGCUUUCUGGCAUUUGCCGCCGACGGGGACUUUGAAUGGGCGCUGUGGACGCUGCAGGGGAGCUAUUAUUUGCGCAACAAGCAGCCAGGGUUUGAAGAAACCUAUGGCAUUUUCAAUGCCCGCUGGGACGGCCUCAGAAAUCCAGUCUUUGUUGCAAAAUUGAAGCCGCUUCAGCAGCCAUUCCAGGUACCAUUUUCUUCCUCGCAAGAAGCCUGGUACCAAAUUAUUUAUCAUCCGGCAAGCGGUCUUUGUGUAGCUGUGUCGAAAGGAGAUCUGAAGCUCGAUUCCUGCGACGGCCAUGGAUUGUUCGCUUUCAAAGCUUCGGAAGAAGCGCUGGGGCUCUCGGACGAUUCACAGUGCAUAGCAGCACAAGGGGAGGGACAAGCGCCUGUACUCUCUGGGAUCUGCAAUAACCCGAAUUCAGCAUGGCAGAUCGUUUCAACUUCAAAGCUUCAAAUUGCUGUCAAUGGCAGCAUUGCAAUGCUGUGCUUGGAUGGAAGAUCGAGCCCACUACUGUUAACCAGCAAAUGUAUUUGCUUGAUGGAUUCUGGUUGUGGCAAUGAUGAGGCGCUGGAGAUGCAGUGGUUCAAGGUCAUUUCAACUAACAGAAAAUACAUCUCCAAUAGUACUACUACUUGAGGAAUUUAAAUAUCAAAAAAAUAAUUGAAAAGAAUGUAUAAUGAAAGGUAUUGAGAGUUGAUAACCACUAAAAUUGCGACAUUUCGAGAUUGAGAUAUCUCUUUAUUUUGAAUUAUUGACUGAAUCAAAAGUGUUUAUGUGGUCGUUAUCUUGUA